UGCCUAAUUCCAAGUUUUUUUUAUAUUCCAAGUCAUUUAUAUACUAAACUUUACAAAAAUCUCAUUUUGUAUAAAAUACUCAGAUAUUUUCAGAACAUACAUCCGAGCAAGAACCUGCAGGCCGAGGAGAAUUAAUUACAUCAAAACCGAUCAUCUUUAUUUUCAAUUAAUCGACACGGAGUUAGAACGCGCAUGAAAUGGAAGCAAGUAAUGUGAGAAAUGAAAAUGAAGAGUUAGCAUUCUCGAUUCAAGGAAAACUUAAGCCGCAGUCGCCGUUACGCAGUCAUCAUUCCAUAUUUAGAGUCCCUAAUGUGCUGCGUAAUGAUUACUGAAAGAGCUUUUGUCCACGUUUGAUCUCAAUUGGACCAUUGCACCGUGGAUCGAAUUGGCAAACCAUGGAAGGAAUUAAAUUGUGGUAUUUGCAUGGCCUGCUUCAGCGAGAUCAGACUCGAACAACUGGUUUAAAGCACUUUGUCGAAGCUAUUAGAGAUAUAGAAGAAGAUUGUCGGAAAAGCUAUGAAGAAAAAGUUGAUAUGAGCAGUGAUGAUUUUGUGGAAAUGCUGGUGGUUGAUGGAUGCUUCAUUAUCGAACUCUUCAGGAAGUCUUCAGGAGAGGUGCAAACUGAGGACGAAGAUCCUGUGUUCCACAAGUCAUGGAUGCGCACGGCGCUUAUAAAUGACUUGCUUCUUCUUGAAAACCAGCUUCCUUGGAGAGUUCUUGACCGUUUAUUUGAUCUCACGCGGGAAACCAGUGCAGGUAACGAUAACCAUACUCGUUCUCGUUCACUUCCUGAGAUUACUCUACAAUAUUUUCAGGAGUAUAGCUUGGGGAUGCAUCUGUUAGACCAAGACAAACUUAUCAAGCAUCCACCUCAAGUUCAAACUCUUCAGUUGGAUAUACAGCAUCCACGGGCCAAUGGACCAUCGGGAAGCAAACAUUUACUCGACUUCAUAAGAAACUCUUUGAUCGGAUCGUAUGGAUCAGAUGACGCACAUGAGCCCUUACGGUGGUCCCCGAUUCCCUCUGUGACAGAGCUUGCAGGAUCAGGAGUCAUGCUUGCUAGGGGUCGAAAAAAUGAUGACAUGCUCAACAUAACCUUCGAAGAUGGAGUGUUGCGAAUUCCACCAAUAAGGGUUUAUAAGAACGGAGAAUCGCUGUUUAGAAAUCUCGUCGCUUAUGAACAGUGUGAAACAACAACCGGUGUGAGUAAAUAUGCCUCUUAUGCUGUGUUGUUGGAUCACCUUAUUAAGUCCAAGGAAGAUGUAGAGCUUCUUAUCAAGAGAGGAGUUAUAGAAAAUUUUGUGGGCGAUGACAUGGCCUGGCUCUUGAAUAAUCUUUCCAAUGGUAUCAUCGUUUACAAUUUUUCUUACGCAAGACUCUACAAGGAUCUGAAUAAAUUUUGUGGGACACCCUGGAACAAGUGGCGUGCUCAGUUAGAAGUUUAUUUCAGAAAUCCCCUGGAAUUGAUUAAUCUUUACAUUACUGUCGGGGUUGUUACAGUUUUGACAUUGAUACAAACAGUUUAUUCCAUUCUGUCAUACAACAAGCAGCAGCAGUAGACCGGCUUCCAGUUCGCAAUGUUGCUUUUUCCGAGUUAAUGUCAUGCUCGUGCAGUGUUGAUGAGAAAUCUCUGUUUGUAUUUGUUUCAAUGUUAUCUCCUGUUAAGUUCGCUUGGUUUGUAUUUGUUUUCAUGUAUUCCAAUCAAAUGAGGAUUCACACUGAAGACGCACUCCCAUUCAGCUAUGAAAUAAUUCGAAAUUAUCUUUCUUAAGCA